AUGGGCGUGGGCAAUAUAGGCUCGUUCGUUGCCCACUCGCUCGCUGCCCGGCCUAUCUCCGAGAGAGCCCGGUUGACGCUUCUCUUCCACCACCCAGCUUUCUACAAAGAUUGGAACCGCUACGGCCGGGUAGUCGCCGUGAAACGACACGGUAUAGCCGAGCAGCGGUCAGGUUUCAGCAUCAACGUCCUGCAGGACCAAGAAUGGUACUACCCGUCUGAAAUCGAGGGAGCGCCAAACGAGCUAGUCGAGGAAGAGUUUGCUUUACGUGAGGGAGAUAGGUUGGAUAGCGAUGGCCAUCCUAUCCCCGCGAACGAGGAGUGGAUUGAACAUUUGAUAGUGACGGUGAAGACGACGCAGAUUGAAAAGGCAAUGAAAUCUGUACGGCAUCGACUUACGCCGGAGUCGUCUGUGUUGUUCCUUACUAAUGGUUUGGGUGUGCUGGAGGAGGUGAAUGAGAAGAUAUGGCCUGAUGAAAGCAAGAGGCCGAACUACCUCUUUGGAGUUACGAGCCAUGGACUGUUUAAGUCGGGAUUGUUUGAGACGACGCAUGCAGGUGUGGGAACUACAAGUAUAGGUGUUGUUCGCCAGUCUCCACGGGACGAUACGGAGGAGGAUGCUGCCGCUGAUGCUACUUCUACUGCUCUGGCACCGUCGACAAAUUACCUGCUUAACACGCUUACACAGACCCCCGAGUUGGCCUGCGUAUCCACCAACGCAACUGACCUGUUACUACUGCAGCUCGAAAAGCUGGCAGUAAACUGUGUGAUCAACCCGUUAACACUGCUUAUGGACUGCAAGAAUGGCGAACUGCUAUACCACUACAACCUCACGCGCGCCCAACGGUUGCUGCUCAUCGAAGUAAGCACUGUGAUCUGUGCCCUGCCUGAGCUCCAGGGUGUGCCAGGCCUGCGGUCCCGGUUCUCACCCGAGCGACUACGGACACUUGCGGUUGGCGUGGCAGGACGGACAGCGGAGAACACCAGCUCUAUGCUGCAGGACGCGAGGAUGGGGAAAGAGAGUGAGAUUGAGUAUAUGAAUGGGUAUAUUGUUCGCAGGGGGGAGGAAGUAGGGGUGAGGUGUGCGUUGAACUAUAUGGUGGUGCAGCUUGUGCAGGCCAAGUCGAGGAUCUCAGGGAGAAAGCGAGACGAGGAGGUUCCCUUUGACCUGUCGAAACUGUAG